AUGCCAAACGUACAGUUACCUUACCUCGAUAUAAGGCCCUAUUCAGUUCUUAGAGACGGUUAUCGGAUCAUGGGUUCACAGGAUCCUGUUCCGGCGGCUGACAAUGCUAAUGUAACGGAGGCCUCAGUGCGCGGGGCUUGUUCUGGAAAAAAGAUUCAGGGGAAAAUACCUAAGAGAAUCCACAAGGCUGAGAGGGAGAAACAGAAGCGUGAGCAUUUUAACGACCUUUUUCUUGAGCUGGCCGAUGCUCUUGAAUUAAAUCAGCAGAACAAUGGAAAGGCCUCUAUAUUGUGUGAAGCUACACGACUGCUAAAGGACUUGAUUGGUCAGAUUGAGUACUUACAAAAGGAGAAUGCAUCCUUGUUGUCUGAAUCCAACUAUAUGACCGUUGAGAAGAAUGAGCUGAGAGAGGAUAAUUCUGCCUUAGAAACUCAGAUUGAGAAAUUACACAGUGAAAUAGAAGACAAGGUGGUCCAGUCUAAACCGGACCUGAAUGCAGCACCCCCUUGUGCAGAAUUGAGACCCGAAGUGGCAUCCCAUUUUACUGGAACUUCCAUCAGUUUGCCCACUCAAGACCACAGUUUGCAGCAAGCACCUGCUGUCUUUGUCAUGCCCCUCUGCCCUGAUCUCCAAUCCUACCCGCUGCCAGAUGCCGCCCAGCUCACAUCUAACACUACCUCACAUGUGAGUAAACCGCAUGCUAGGUAUCCAACCUCGGUGGAUUCUUGGCCAUCCCAACUUCUCGGUGAGAAACCAACAGCAGGCAAAGAAUCUCGACAACUUGGUAACACUACCAACAUUUGCAGAAGCAGAGAAACCGACCCUUGA